UUUACCAUCUACCUUCAAAUUUACUGAGCAAUUAGGAACUUAAGUUAGAGAAGCUUUGAGACUGUUACGGAAAAUUAAAAAAAUGCAGGUAUUGGUCACCCAGUCAGAUUGAAUUUGGGGGUCCUAAACAGCUAGAAUUUUAAAUUUAAGUGUAAUUCAAAUUGCUCUCCAUAUUCAAAGAAUACGACGUGUGUAGAGUGCAGCAAAACAUUCACACAGUAGCAAAUUACUGAAUGCUUACAAACUCAAAUUUUUGCCUUUUUCUUUUUUUAGUACCAGUUCCCUGUAUGACAAAGUGGACGGUUUCCCUUACUCCUUAUAUAACAAGGGAGUGGUACCACUACAUGCUUAUCUUGGGGGAACAACUUGCAUUUUAUAACUGGACAGGAACCUCGUUUGGGAGGGAGAAGGCUAAAGGAAACGGAGGCCGCUGGAGUGACCAUAGCACAGGGCAUGGGUUAUUCUUGAGAAGAAGGCCUCAGCCCCAACCUGGUCCACCUAAAGGGAAGGAAGCCGUCGUCUUGGCAACGCUGUUUGGUUCCGCCCCAUGUUGUCGUCCCGCCCACCGCCCGCUACGUCUGUGGUCCGCUGGACUUCGAUUGGUCCAUCUGUCCUUCACGCUGGAAGACGUACGGAGCCGCGAGACUCAGGAGGUCGCGUUUGAAUUUGUGGCGCGCCGCGUUCGAGAGGUGGAGAAGGGAGCGGGGCGUCUUCCUGGAGCCCCAAACCCGGUGGUGAGCGACCCUGGAGGGAGAAAGGUGAAAAGGGCGGACGAGGAGCGGGCUUCCUCAGUUUCCUUCCCUCCGCGGGAGCAACCCUCCGACUCUGCGGUGCUUCCACCUUCCCCAAGCAUACUUCCCUCCUCCCUGGCCUUUCCUGGUCUGUCCUCGUCUCCGUCACCGAUGCCGACGGGAGCUUUCUACCCGCCCUUGUCUGUGGAAGCUGUCUCCCGAGCAGUCCGAGGUGCCACAAAGGUGUAAGAUCUUGUCCCAGCUGCUGACUCUGAGAUCUGGAAGAGUCCAUCCAGGAUCUCCGGCAAAUAAUCCAGCAGGUUAAUGUCUGGCACGGACUCCAGAACCAGGAUCUGACCCGGGGGAGGAAACCAGUAGGCAAAGUCAGCAGCCCGAGAACCUGUAUCUCCUCGCCCACCGUCUGGGACUGGCCGGUGAGCAGGGGCCCUGCCGAGGCAGCAUUUUGAGGCACUGCGGGAGCCCAACGGGGGGCCGGGGUGCCAGCGGCUCUUGUUGUGUUCAGGGUGCAGGGGAAGAGUCAUGUAAGCCCAAGGCAUGCAGAUGCCCGGGGUGGAAGGGAACACAUGGGACAAGCAGGCAAGGCCAGAAGGGGUGUGACCGCUGGAAGAAGGAGCACGGUUGGCUUCAAAGAGAAAUCUGGGGGUUUCUGGAGACCAGAAAAUCUUCUCCUCUUGAGGGGCAAACGGGAUGGGCUCUGGGGGCAGAGCUGAAUAAAUGCAUUUUCAGCUUCUCGAGUGUCCUCGGCUCUUAGAGGGGUCACGGUGAGGUGUCUCCGCAGCCAUAGGAAGUGCCCAGGUGUGCCAGAGAGCAGACUUUACUCAGCGAGAGGCCCGUUAGGGCUGGAGAAAGAGUGUCGGGGGGCCAG